AUGGCUUCUUCAGAAUACAAUUAUGAUGAGCUGGGAGAAACAUGGCCAUUCUUUGUGUUGGCGUUGUUAUCCUUUAUUUUGUUGCCAUUGACUAUCAGGUACAUAUCUAGAGUUUUUUCAAACACCAAUCCCACCAAAGAAAAUCAAUCCAUAGUUGGUGCAAUUCAAGAAAACAGCGAGACAUUGAAAGUGCCCAACUUGUCUGAAAUUAAAUCAUUCCAAUCCAAGCAAAAAUCUCUGAAAAUAUUCAAUAAAACAUUGGUUUUCUUGAUUAUUGGAUGGUGCAUUGUUAUAUACGUGGCCAAAUAUGUUACCAAAGAAGCUGAUUUAACAGUAUUGUUUGAUCCAUACACAAUUUUGGAUGUUUCAUUUACCGCUAGCGAAAAAGAAAUCAAGAGUCAUUAUAGAAAGCUAUCCUUAAAGUAUCAUCCAGAUAAAUUGCCUAAGGAUUUAACUGAAGAACAGAGAUCUCAGGCAGAACAAGCUUAUAUUAGAUUGACUUCUGCUUAUAAGGCAUUGACCGAUGAAGUUACCAGAGAAAACUUUUUGAAAUACGGUCAUCCUGAUGGGGAACAACCAGCCACCCAUGGUAUUGCCUUGCCCCAAUUUUUGGUUGAUGGGAGAUAUAGCUCAUUAGUUGUUGUUUUAUAUUUUAUGGUUAUAGGUAUCUUGUUGCCAUAUAUUGUUGGAAAAUGGUGGAGCAAUGUGAAGUCGCAUACCAGAAAAGGCUUGCAUGUUGAUACUGCUGCCAACUUUGUCCGUAAGUUUACCGACAGAGAUCCUGCAAAGGUCAUCACACCCGAUGUUAUUUUGGAUUACGUUUUGGAAAGUGAAGAAAUCAGACAAGAAUUCCCCGAUUUUUUACACGCAGAAUUGAAGAAAUUAGUGUACAGAUAUUUAAAUAGACAAUUUGACAGUGAUUCUAAAAUCGAGAAGAAAAAAAUCAAUCUUGUUGCCAGAUUGCCAUUUUUGAUUAAUGGUUUGAUUGACAUUGCUAUUGUGUUUAAACUUCACGAAACGAUUUUUGCUGCUGAAGAUUUGAAAAAGUCGAUUAUUCAAGCCGUCAAACCAACAGGAAGACACCAAGAGUUAUUACAGUUACCAUAUGUCGACCCAGAAAUAGUGUCAAAACAACCUAUUCGGAAAUUAGGUAAACUUUUCGCCAUUUCCAAAGAAGAAGCCAAGAAAGCAUUGGGAAUACAAAGCGACGAACAUUUGGAGUGUGCAUUGAAUGUAGCUCAGCACAUCCCAACUCUUCGUAUUAUUGAUGCUGAGAUCAAAGUCCCUGGUGAAGAGGAUGGCGUUGUUCAUCCAAAUUCACAAGGCCACAUUUCUAUUAAAUUUUUGGUCAAGUCUCCUAAAUUGAAAUCGUGUCCUGAUAUUGAAGAUGAAAGAUUAAAAGAUGAGGAGACAUUGGAAUACAUGAAAAACCCAUUAAUUGUCAAUGAACAGCAACUGCAGUUGCCAUAUUCGUAUGCACCAUAUUUCCCACAACCAACUCGUAAUUGCUGGAGCUGCUAUGUUAUUGGACAGAAAGAAAACAGAUUGCUUGAAGACAGUACCAACUGUGUUUUGGAGAACAUAGAUUUAAACAAUUUGGAUUUACUGCAAGAAGAAUGGAUCAAAGGAACUAAUGUUAGAAUUGGAACCUAUAAGAUUCAAUUACCUGGAGCAAUUGGCAAUGUUGGUAACUAUUAUUAUAGAUUGGUUAUGAAGAACAAUGCUUAUUUUGGAUGCGAUGUCGAUAUACCUAUUGAUUUAGAAGUUACACCAGUAUCGAUUGGAAAGAGUCUUGCAGGAUUGAAAAAGAAGUUUGACGAAGAAGACGAGUCAGAAGACAGCGAAUCCGAUAGUGAUAUUUCAGAUCCCGAAGAAGACAGUUUAGCAGGAGCUAUAGCUGCAUUGAGAGGAUCCGAUCUCAAGAAAAAGAAAUCCUCACAAGAUGAACUCGAGGAAGAAAGUGAAGAUGAAGAGGUGUUCACUGAUAUUAAUACUGAUACAGAAGAUGAAGGAGAUAAUUAA